GUGACACAAAUGAUAGGGUCCAAUGACAUCAAUGAUGGGGCACAAUUCCUCCCAGUGACACAAAUGAUAGGGUCCAAUGACAUCAAUGAUGGGGUACAAUUCCUCCCAGUGACACAAAUGAUAGGGUCCAAUGACAUCAAUGAUGGGGUACAAUUCCUCCCAGUGACACAAAUGAUAGGGUCCAAUGACAGCGAUGAAGGGGGCACAACUCCUUCCAAUGACACCAACGAUGUGGCACAAUUCCUCCCAGUGACACAAUGAUGGGGUACAAUUCCACCCAGUGACACAAAUGAUAAGAUCCAAUGACAUCAACAAUGGUGCAGAAUUCCUCCCACUGACACCAAACGAU